AGAUUUCUAGUUUUUAAGCAAUGCUUUCUCUAGUUGGAGCGAGGACUUUAUUACUCUUUACUUUCCUUCUUUUUCUGUACAGAGAAUCCCUUUGUAAUCCUGUAGAAUCACAAAUUAUAAUUGAAAAAGACUCCGAUGAAAAAGAAGAUUUUUUCCCUCAUCUUCCAAAUCUUCCUGAAGAGAAGAUAAUGUUUGCUGUGGAGGAAAAUACGGACUGGAUGGAAGAUUUAGCUAAACUAGAUACUACAGGAUAUCCGUUGGAAGAUUGGGAGGUGAAUAUCUGGCCUCGAAACCAUGAUUAUCUAUUCCUUAAAUCAAACCUAGAUCAGGAUAAUAAUCUUCUCGAGGGAGAUAUAGCAGGGGUAAGGUUGGAGGUGGAAGGAAACAAUGUCUCAAAAAAUGCACUUUUAGUUAAACGAUGGGAAAAUUCAGUUGUUCCUUAUGUUAUAUCAUCGAGAUAUUCUUUUUGGGAGAGAGGGGUUAUUGUACGGGGUUUGAAUGAGGUGGAGCAGAAAACCUGUUUAAGUAUCCGACCUAGGAUAUCCGAGGAGAACUAUAUCCAUAUACUCCCUGGAGCAGGCUGCUAUAGUUCUAUAGGUUCACGAGGCGGUGUACAGGUUUUGUCUCUAGGCUCUGGUUGUGUUCACCAGGGUAUUGUUGUACAUGAACUUCUUCAUGCUCUCGGACUAUGGCAUGAACAAUCAAGAAUGGACAGGGAUAGAUUUGUAAAAAUCUACUGGAAGAAUAUAUUAACAGGCAGAGAGGAUCAGUUUGCAAGAUACAGAGGAGAUUUGUUUAACCAGAGUUAUGAUUACACCAGUAUCAUGCACUACGGACCAACUGCUUUCUCAAGGAACGGGGAAAAAACGAUUGCUCCAAUAACAGGGUGGCGAGGAAAUAUGGGACAAAGAUCUGGAAUGACAAAUCUUGAUCUUGAAAAGAUUAACACCCUGUACUCCUGUAACAUGACCAUACCUAUAUCUGGAGCUCAACCCGUCCUAAAGAAGAUAAACUUAUUUUUUAUUUCUAGUAUUUUUAUAGCUUUGUAUCGGCUGUGUUAAACAAAAUAAAAAUAGUGAAUGAUAAA